ACUGGAAUCAGUAACAGAACUAGGCGCAAUGCAUCAUUUAUACAUGUCCGAAGAAGAAAGUUAUAAAGGAGAUAACCAUAUUUUUACGAUUAGAUCUGGAGGACAAACCGGUGUCGACAGAGCAGCCCUGGAUGCUGCUCUGCUCUAUAAAAAUUACAUACAAGUCACCGGUUGGUGUCCAAAAGGAAGACUUUCUGAAGAGGGUGAAAUUCCACCACACUAUCCACUUGUGGAAACUCCAUCGGACUCGUAUCCUGAAAGAACAGAGUUUAACAUCCGAGAUUCGGAUGCUACGUUAAUCCUGCUUUUACCGAAAGCCCCUCCAGAUCGUGGAACAAGCUUUACUAUUGAAAAAGCCGAAAAACUAUCUAAACCUUCAAAGAUAAUCCUCCUCGAUGAGAAAACGACAAAUGUUAUUCACGUUUUAAAAUGGUUAGAUGAAAAAAAUGUUAAGGUUCUUAAUGUCGGUGGACCCCGGGAGAGUAACUGCCCGGGGAUUUACACCAAAGCCUUUAACUUUAUGGUUGCUCUGAUUAAGAAAAAAAUAGAAGACACUCCUACGUACUGA